AUGGCCGACCCGUUCGAAGUGCGCAUGCGCUUCACAUCUCAACUCCAACACCUCUCCGCGUCGUCCUCGUCGGCCACCAAAGCGGCCAACUACGCGUUGCGACACAGCGAAUACGCCGACGAUCUGCACUCGUGCAUCCUCGAACAGCUCGAGCGUAACAACAUGAACCUUCGCGCCAACAUCAUGUACUUCCUCCCGGCUCUGUGCGAUGCCGCGAAACAUGGACUGGCGAAUGGCGGGCUUGCAACAGAGGCAGGCGUGUAUGUGAGAAUGGUGGAGCGGGACAUACUCCGUAUCAUUGACCUCGUGGCACCCGACGAUGGCAGCGGCGCGGCCAAUGUGAAAGUGGUGAGGAAGGUACUGCAGGCGCUGAUGGGCAGAGGCGUCCUCCAGAGUCAAACCGUGCGCGAGCUUGAAGAGAUGAUGCAAGGGAGGGACAACCUUCCAGGCGCAUCCAUCAGGAGCACGCCUCAGAGCACGGCACAUCCUAGUUUUGGGCACCAUGGAGUACGACUAGACAAGAGGCAGAUUGAGCAGCGGAUAGAGGAAGAUCGAGAGCGGCAUAAGAGGGCGCGAGAGAAUAUAUGGGCGGUGCCGCAGCAGCGAGGCGGUGAUAUGGCGACAGACAAGGAGUUUGAGAAUGUAUGGGACAGCGGGAGCGAUGUGGACAGCGAUGACUAUCGAAUGGCUGAGGAAGAGGCGGACGAAAGGAGGAGGCAUUUGGAGUACGACGAUUAUUGA